GGAGGUGUCGGGUGGGGACCGGCCGCGCCGUGUGACCUUCGACGCUGACCUGGCCGGGUCACAGCGCCAUGCUCGCCGCCGGUGAGGAGCUCAGGCGCAUGGAGUCGAUGACUGCUAAUAUCGAAGGAGCGGACGGCCGGACCGGCGACGACUCCACGUGUGACCUGACUGACCUUUCCGAGGCCACCACCGAGAACUACAACUCGGCCGAUGACGACGAGAGCAAGGAUUUCCCUGCCGCCAAUGGUCCCGUGGGAGCGCCGGCGCAGUACCUGCACCAGCUGCACCUAGCCAUGACGUCGAUGCCGGCGGAGCUGGAGCUGCGGCAGAGCGCCGUCGGCCGCGGCCAGGGCGUCUGGACCCGGCUCCGGGUCGAGGCCGGCCGUCGGUUUGGCCCCUUCCUCGGCAACUGGACCGUGCAGCCCGUCAACGACCAGUACGCCUGGGAGGUGAGUUGGCUGGAGCGCACCUGGGACGCCCUCGGCCCAGGAGCGGACGGCCGGACCGGCGACGACUCCACGUGUGACCUGACUGACCUUUCCGAGGCCACCACCGAGAACUACAACUCGGCCGAUGACGACGAGAGCAAGGAUUUCCCUGCCGCCAAUGGUCCCUGCCACCACACCGAGUCUCCGAGGUUGAAAAUCACGCGCUGA